CCAUUCUCGAAUGUUCACGAAACCAAUUCACCCCGCCCUGCACCCAGCUUGUUGAACCCUGAGACGAAAUCAUCACCGAAAGCGACUCCCAUACUUUGUAUUUCAACCAGUCUACCAGACGCCCUUUCUCUGUGCAGUCUUGUUCGCAACGUGCAGUUGUACUAUAUAUUGUCCGCCUAUAAACCCAUUUCCUCCGUCAUAGUCAGAAUAGUAGCUGGUUCGGACAGUUUACGUACAGCUUAGACUCGUAGCAAGAUCUCUUGAAAUACUGAUUCCUAGAUUCAAGCCAACCAUGUCUUCUACCGACGACGUCAAGCAGGCUCGCAGCCGCGUCUUUUUCGACAUCACCAUCGGCGGGAAGGCAGCCGGCCGUAUUGUUUUCGAGCUUUACAAUGACAUUGUCCCUAAGACGGCCGAGAACUUCCGCGCUUUGUGCACCGGCGAGAAGGGUGUUGGCAAGUUGGGCAAGCCGCUACACUACAAGGGUUCCACGUUCCACCGUGUCAUCAAGCAGUUCAUGAUCCAGGGUGGUGACUUCACCGCUGGAAACGGCACUGGUGGCGAGUCCAUCUACGGCGCAAAGUUCGAGGACGAAAAUUUCCAGUUGAAGCACGACCGUCCAUUCCUCCUGUCCAUGGCCAACGCUGGACCCGGUACCAACGGCUCUCAGUUCUUCGUCACCACCGUUCCUACCCCACAUCUCGAUGGCAAACACGUCGUCUUUGGCGAGGUGCUGAGCGGCAAGUCAGUCGUCAGACAAAUUGAGAACCUGAAAACUCAGGGCGACAAGCCGACCAAGGACGCCGUCAUUGCCGACUGCGGCGAGCUUAGUGGCGACGCUGCUGUGAGCGCUGACACAAAGACUGCCGACGCCUACGGCGACGAAUACGAGGACUUCCCCGAAGACGAAGCCACUGACGGCCAGCCUCUCUCUGCCUCCAAGAUCCUCAAGAUUGCGACAGACUGCAAGGACUUUGGUAACAAGGCUUUCAAGGCCGGCGACCUCCCUGUGGCCCUCGACAAAUACCAGAAGGGUCUGCGCUAUCUGAACGAGGAUCCCGAGCUUGACAAUGAGCCGGCUGACACAAAGCAAAAGCUGGACGCCCUGCGCGUCUCGCUGAACAGCAACGCGGCUCUCAUGAACAUGAAGCUGAGCGCUUGGGACGAGUGCAUUCGCAGCGCCGACGGCGCACUUGCUGUUGCCACUAUCUCAGACAAGGACAGGGCCAAGGCUCUAUACCGUAGGGGUUACGCCCAGGUGCGCAUCAAGGACGAGGACAGCGCCCUGACGAGUCUGGAGGAGGCCAAGAAGCUAGCGCCUGAAGAUGGCGCCAUUGUUAACGAGCUGGCCGCUGUCAAGAAGGCUGCCGCGGCUAGAAUGGCGAAGGAAAAGGCUGCCUACAAAAAGUUCUUCUCCUGAUCAAGUUGAGGCAAUGGCGACUUGAAAUUAUUUCGAACGUUUGUGUGUGGUUGAAGUGCUCCUCGGGUUAGAGGGUAUCUACAAAAGGAGUUAUCGGCAUUGAGCGGGUUGGCACCAAGGUCCAAUUACAUACAACACCUAAUGAUAUCCACAUUGGCGUUUGGGGAGUUCAAGCUGUGUCAAGGCUGGAACAUGGACUCUUGAAGGCAGUGUGUUUCGAGCAGUCACCAGAGUCUUCACAGCCUCACGGAAUAGAAUGUUUUUUUAGGCCACUUCGCCGCUUUUGUAGGCACAGCAGUUUUCCUCCGUGACGCAUCCCCAGCAACAGCAGAAAACCUCGACCCCUCGGAUUCAGAUCUGGAGGCAUAGGUACGGAUUCGGCGGUUGGUGCUGCCGGAUAGUCCGCCAUGUCAAUAGCCAGCAUGCCCUCAGAGAAUGGGCCAUAACCAUCAUGAUCGUUGCUAAAGACAAUAAUCAAACAGCUAAACAAGAAUUAUUUGCGGAAGAAUAGAGAAAAGAAUGAGCGCUCAGUCUGAUACCCUGUCUGAAGACUCGCAUUCCAUAUCGUAGGCAUAAUCGUCAAUGUACGUCCCUUUGUACGGGAGCCGUUGCCCCCAUUCUCAGACCAGGGUUUCCAAAGCCUUCCAAAGCGAGCAUGUGCCAACAACCAUUGGUGCCUCUAAAUCAAGUCAUUUCAAAUUCCCUUCUCGUGCCAGUGUUGGUGAGCCGUGUGAUGGCGAUCCCCUUGGGAUUUACUUGAAGACGCCCUGGCGUCUUUGCCUGGAUGCUUUUCUUUACUGUCUUUCUCUCGUUCCGCGCCUCGGUCCCGCUCUCGGCCAUUCUCUUUACCUGCAGCAGUGGCAGAUGCCGAUGCAACUGCCGACGUACUGCCUGCUUCAGGCACCAUUGUCCCCGUGAUGAACCCGUGACCAGGACUACCUCCGUUGCCAAACUCGGGUGAAGCCGUUCUUGUCUUGCGAAUAAAUCCUGUAAGGAACUUUCGUGGUGCCUGCAUUCCAUUGCGCAGCCCCUUCACACUUCCGCCCGACAUGGACGACAGCUGCUCGCUGCUCUUAGAACCUUGCCGUAUAGCGCUCGAGGCGUUCCUUAUGUCCCUGCUGCCAAUGCUGCUGCUGCUGCCACCUCCCAUACCAGGCCCAUCCAUCUCACUACCUGAGGAGCCGGGCGCUAUGCUCCCGCCGUCUAUCCAAAAGAUCCCAGUAGCGUUGCCGUGCGCAGACAAACCGAGGACAUCGCCAUAACUCAAGUUGUCCAGUGCAUCAGAGAGACGAAGCCGCUCAUCCGGUGGCCUGCUGGUAGUUUCACCAGCGCUUCGGCGAGUCUCCAUCUGCGAGAAGCAAUGCAUUGCGCGUUGGUGGAGCGUGGUGCAUAGACGAUGGAAAUGAAGUAGGUCGCCUUCGCAGUUGGAAGAGUCCCAGUCUGACUCGGGAUGGACUUUAGCCCACAGUUUGGCUAAAGCCGCAAAGUUACGCGCAUGAUCGACCAGGUAUGGGAGCGAAGGGAAACCCUCGCGAGCUAGAGGUGAUAAGCGGCCCAGAAUCGUUAGGGGGGUCGAGUAGGGAGCAGGCACGCUGUUGCUGGUACUUUCGGCCGGAAUGGCGCACACGGCGUCAGCAAAAUCCUUGAAUGGCUGGCGCUGUUUUUGGAGAAACUCGGUCAUUGGCUCCAUCCAUGUCUCCUUCUUGCUGGAGAUGUUAAGGUUGG